CGACGCUCACAUGACCGUCACACGUCGCUGUGAUUGGAGGAAGUAGGGGUCCGUCAUUUCAGUCUUACUUCUGAUUGGCUACUAGUCCCCCCUAUAAAUCUAACGGAAGAAAAACAAGACUGACGCGACCAUCCUCCAGCUAGAGCUCUCGUUGGCUUACACGACGGAAACGGUCAAAACGCCCCCUAAACUCUACGCACUAUUGUCGACAUGCGUUGUUAUUAGCAUUCACACGAAUUGAAUCCAUUAGAAGUGAUUGAAGGACACAAUAAUGGAAGCUAAAUUAAAGAAAGAGUUGGGAACAGCUCUACUGAAGUCGACUGGUUACUCAGGAGGUGGAUGUAUCAGCGAGGGCCAGAGUUAUGAUACUGACACUGGGAGAGUGUUUGUGAAGAUAAAUCACAAGAGCGAGGCCAAAUUGAUGUUUGAUGGGGAGAUGGCAAGUUUGGAGGCCAUUUUAAAGACAGAAACUGUUAAAGUACCCAAGCCUGUGAAGGUGAUUGAGCUUGACACAGGAGGAUGUGUAUUUGUGAUGGAACAUCUGGACAUGAGAGGUCUUAGCAAGUACUCAAAGCAUCUAGGAGAGCAGCUGGCGGACUUGCAUGUUCACAAUAAGAAACAGUUGGAGAAAUUAGAAAAGGAGCAGCAGACAGUGGGAAAAGGAGCUGGACAAUCAGAGGUGGCCGCUGUUGAAAAAUAUGGCUUUAGUGUAAAGACAUGCUGUGGAUAUAUACCGCAGGAAAAUGGGUGGCAGGACGACUGGCUGACAUUUUACUCCCAACAGAGGCUGCAGCACCAGCUCAACCUGGUGGAGAAAUCUUAUGGAGACAGGCAAGCCAGAGAAUUAUGGGCCGAGCUACAGCUGAAGAUCCCUCAGUUUUUCACAGAUGUGGAGAUCGUUCCUGCUCUCCUCCAUGGAGACUUAUGGGGAGGCAAUGUGGCACAGUGGGCAGAAGGACCAGUCAUCUUCGACCCAGCCUCCUUCUAUGGCCACUCAGAGUAUGAGCUGGGUAUUGCAGGGAUGUUUGGUGGCUUUGACAGCUCUUUUUACUCUGCUUACCAUGAAAAGAUUCCUAAAGCGCCAGGUUUUGCAAAGAGAAAUAAGCUUUACCAACUCUUCCACUAUCUGAAUCACUGGAACCACUUUGGUGGUGGCUACAGGGGCUCAUCAAUAAGUAUCAUGAAGGACCUACUGAAAUAAUUGCACUCCCAUUCACAUUUAAGCUUCACAGUCUUAAUCUCAAACAAGUAUUAUGUAUAUAUUGACAGAUAAUAAUUUGAUCAAAAAUAGUAUUGGUCGGCUGGCCCAUCCUUGUAGAUAAUAUCACAUAAGGCAUACCACAAGGCUGAGUCCUUGUCGCAGCAGACCCAAGUUUUAAACCAACCCAAUGUCCCUUUGCUGCAUGUCUUCCACUCUACCUCCCCCUUCCAUUCUCUGCCACUAUCUAAGUAGUGUGGCUUAUUUUUGAAAAGACGAAACAGAACAUUCUAACACUGUGAGUUCUAUUAUGCACUACAUAAUUAUUUGUCAUAUUUUCUUGG